GCACUUUAGAGGCGGAGCUGGGAGUGGAGGAACCUGACUGGUCAGGAGACGAAUCUCCGGACAUCCCCGUGGCCAUCGCAAAAACAGAAGAGGACGAGGAGAUGCCCGCAGCAGAAGAAGCUGCUGACCAAGAGGCCCCCAAGCGUCCCAAGCGGAUUGUUUUGGCCACUGGCCAGCUAGCCCUUCUGAGGGCUCUCGCAGCCGCCAAUGCCAGCAACUGGGCAGAUAUCCAGAGGACCCUCAAGGAGACCCCUGGAGAAGCCGGAGACAAGGAAGACCUAGUCAACAACCUCACCGACCUCGCUGCCACUUAUGCGAAGAAUCGGGCCGAGUGCUCACGGGCCGCCGCCCUCAAAGCGGAAGAGCUCGCGGACCUCGAAGGGGAAGAGGCUGAGUACUUGGCUGCGCUGCCUCCCCACCUUCUGGAGUUGGAACGCAAGAACCCGGUCAGGCCAAGCCUCUCCGCGCACCUGGGUUGGGUGGAACACGAGCGGUUCAAGCGAGAUGCCGAGAUUGCGGGCGUGUGGAUGGCUCGACGCUGUGAAAAGUCUAGGUUACGGGCAGCCAAGCACAGGGCGAGCCGACAAGCCGAAACGGCGGGUAACGCAGCCCAAGACCCGGUGUCAGACCGAGUGGAUGCCGGCUCCCACCUUAGUUUUCAACUGCGGGAAGCAGCACGGGAGUCGCUGCGAGAAUUUCGGGCCGAAUUGAGAGCCGGGGCACUCGACACGCCGUUCCGGGCUGGAGAUGUCCCCAAGCGAAAACCAGAAUCCUCCCGCCGGAGGCGGCUUAAGUGGCAGCGUUUCAGCAAGAAGGGCGUCCCUCCCGGUGUGUCGAGUUCCAGCUGUGGGUCUACCCCGCCGUGGCUCGCUUCGAGCCCGGCGAAGUAUGACCCUACCGACGCCGACCGCAACCACCUCUUUGCACAAGCCACCUGCCGGCCUGAGGAAGCUCCGAAUGGCCUUGAGUGGGAAAGGGGCUUCCACUGGGGAAUCCUGUGCGCUGUGUGUGCCGGCGGGCUGCUUUGGGCCGCGACUUGGUGCUGCCGCAGAGCAUGGGGCGAAACUGUGGCCCACACGACGCCGAAGCCACCGCCAGCGAUGCCACCAUGGGUGGCUCCAGGGCCUAGGUUCAGCAUGUCGCGGGACAGCGACUCAGAGGCUGAAAAAAGAAAGGCGCCUAUGUCUGAAGGAAGUUCCCCUCGAGCUGCCAAACGGGCCUACCCUGACAACGGUCCGCAAGCGGGGGUGCUCCCGGCCAACGCAUGGGCGAGAGAAAGCCUGAAGCUCGUUCGGGAUCACCUCUCCCCGGCAACUCAACGGCUCUACGAUAGCCACUGGCGAUGGUGGGAGCUCUUUACCCGGAGAAAAGGUGUCUCAGCCCUUCGCACCGUGGAUCGGUUCGAUCCCGGUGAAGAAGCGCUUUUCCUCGACUACUUGGUGUACCUGUUUGUGGGACAGGGCCUCGCUGCCGCUACAGCACAAGCCCGGCUCGGGGCUAUCCGCAGUGUCCACCUGCAACUUGGUUUCCCGGACCCGCUCAAACCGCUCCCGCGGCUCCUUCUCGCCCUCGAAGGGAUCCGCAGAAGGAGAGGACCGGUCACGAAGCGCAGGCCGGUCACCCCCUGCAUGCUGGCACGAGCCAAUAGCGCCCUUCCGCUUGACUUGUGGGGAAGACUGUCCUGCGCGUUGCAGCUGGGGUUCUUCUUCCUACUGCGAGUCUCCGAAAUCGUGGGAGGGUCGAACCCACGACUGGGACUCCGGGUCAAGGACGUCGCCCUCUUUUGUGGAGGGAAGCAGCUGCGUCACCCGUCCUUUGAGCAAGCGGACGAGGUGCAGAUCGUUGUGAGAGCCUCCAAGACUGACCCAGAAGGAGAGACCGCUACGAGGAAUUUGUACCGGAGCGGUGCCGAGGUGUGCCCCGUGCUCGCCACCGCCAGGUACAUGGUCUUGCUGUGGAAGGAGUUUGGCGAACCUGCGCCGACCUCCAAGUUUUUUCCGCACUUGUCGAGGCAGGACAUACAAGAAGUUCUGCAGACG